AUGAUAGGGCGCCGGGAAAUUGCCAAACACAACUCCGCCGAUAGUUGCUGGGUUGUCCUCUAUGGCAAAGUAUACGACGUCACUAACUUUCUCGAAAAUCAUCCCGGGGGCUCUGCGGCUAUCCUGGCCUUGGCUGGGAAAGAUGCAACACAGGAGUACGAUACCCUACACCCCCCAGGUCUAUUAGAAGAGUACCUUGCUCCUGAGGCAUGCUUGGGCGUCCUAUCCGCAUCCACGUCAGAGGCUGCUGAGCCAACAAGCAUUUCCCAACACUCAGCAUCUAAAGAGACUUCCGAGGAAGCACCACUAUCGUCACUGUUGAAUCUCGCCGAGAUCGAACAAGUUGCCAAGCGAAAACUCAGCCCAAAAGGGUGGGCGUAUUACUCCUCUGCAACGGAUGACGGCAUCACAAAAGCGCACAACAAUCUCAUCUACCGUUCGAUUUUACUAAGACCACGAGUUUUCAUAGACUGCCGCGAAUGCGAUCUUUCCAUCGAUUUUCUCGGCCUCAAGCUCGGACUACCGAUCUACAUUUCUCCAGCAGCAAUGGCUCGUCUCGCCCACCCACAAGGCGAAGCUGGCAUUGCAGCAGCGUGCCGAAAGUUCGGGGCGAUGCAAAUUAUCUCCCACAACGCCUCGAUGGCGACACAGGAAAUCGUCGCAAACGCCCACCCAGACCAAGUCUUCGGCUGGCAACUAUAUUGCCUAAAAGACGUGCGGCGUAGCGAGAAGCGGAUCGCCGAAAUCAACUCAAUCAAAGCCAUCAAAUUCAUCUGUCUCACGCUUGACGCUCCAUUCCCCGGUAAACGCGAGAUCGAGGAGCGACAAAAGAUGGAAGAGCUGCGCAUCGCUGGCGCGGCUUCGUCGUCCCAGGUCUGGGGAACUGAUGCCUCGCUCACGUGGGAGAGAACGCUAGAUUGGCUCCGGAUGCAUACAUCCCUGCCGAUUAUUCUAAAGGGUAUUCAAACUUAUGAUGACGUUAUACUCGCCGCUAAGCAUGCUCCCCAGGUCCGGGGGAUUGUACUUUCGAACCACGGUGGCCGCGCGUUGGACACCGUAUCGACUCCUAUGCAUGUCCUACUGGAGAUUAGGCGCUUCUGUCCAGAGGUCUUGGAUCGAUUGGAUGUCAUCGUUGACGGUGGCAUCCAAAGAGGGACGGAUGUCGCCAAGGCUCUGGCACUUGGUGCUAAGGCUGUGGGGAUUGGACGAGCAGCGUUGUAUGGUCUUGCAGCGGGUGGGCAAGAGGGUGUCGAAAGGACGCUACAGAUUCUUGCCGACGAAACGGCAACUGCUAUGAGACUUCUCGGUGUUCAGCGUGUUGACCAGCUGUCAUUGCAGCAUGUAAAUACCCAGCUCGUGGACUCACAGAUCUUCAAGUCCGGAAGCUCGAUGUCGUCAGUGGAGAGGGCAUUUCCAGCCCGCGCCAAAUUCUGA